AUCGUUGGCAAUACUAAGAAUUUAUAUUUUGUAAUACAAGGUGUUUUUAGUGUAUUUUAAAAAUGAGAGCAUUAGCAUUCCUGGGCUUCUUCGCCAUUAUUUUCGCUAGUUCACGAAGUGAAGAAAAAUGUCCAACUAAAGCAGAAGAAGUAAAGAAAAACCAGCUACACGACCAGGAUUUCGGCAUGGCAAUAACUCCUGAUGACAUAUUCUCACAUUUCAUGAGUCCCUUCCUCUUCAGAGAUUACGUUAGACCCUGGAGACUUUUGGAAUCGUUAGCACACGAUCAUGGUUCAACAAUAAUGGUGGAGAAAGACAAGUUCCAGGUAAACUUGGAUGUGCAGCACUUUUCUCCUCAAGAGAUUACUGUUAGAACUGCUGAUGGUUACGUUAUAGUGGAGGCUAAGCACGAGGAGAAGAAAGACGAGCAUGGGUUUAUUUCGCGACAGUUUGUGAGGAAGUACAAUUUGCCGGAAGGUGCUGAGUCUCAAGAUGUUGUCUCAACUUUAUCCAGUGAUGGUGUUCUUACGAUAACCGCGCCGAGGAAGGUGGUGGACGAGAAGGGUGAGAGAACAGUGCCCAUCACACAGACCGGUCCUGUGCGCAAGGAAGCUAAGGAGAGUGCUCCCGAAGGAUCGUGCGAGAAAGAUAAGUGCGGAAAAUAAAUUUGUUUGUUUUAGAGGAACAUAUUUUCAUGUAGGUACCUAAUUUAUAAGACUGAUUUUGUUUUUUAAUAAAUAAAUUUGUAAACA